UUAAUUGAUUAUUAUUUUUUCGAUUUCAGCAAAUUUAAUUUCAUGAUAUAUUAGCUUAAAAAUUCAGGAAUUCUAGAUUAAAGAUGGGUGUAGGAUGCUCUAAGUUAAGAAAGGGAAAAUGCGAUGUUUACGUAGCUAAGCAGCAGGCAACAAUUUGGAAUUCUCAAACAUCAUUCUCUGUUCUCAACCCAAAAACUGAGGUUGUAGUACUGGAUUAUUCUGCAGUUCUCCAACAUGAUAUUCCAUUCUGGAGAGUUAAGGAGAAGAAGGGGAAAAAGGAGGGAAUAGUCUGCAGUCUAUACUUUGCCAAGAAGACUGAUCCUCCACUUGAAAGCCAAGUCUGGUAUUUUGGUAAACUAUCCAGAGUGAGAGCAAACAAUUUACUACUGUUAGACGGAAACCAGGCCGGAUCCUACUUGGUUCGAUACAGUGAGAAGAAACAGUCCUAUGUCCUCACUCUUCUAUCUUUUGAUUUGGUUGAGAACAAGAACAUUAUUAAACAUUAUAAUAUUGAUUACUCACAGGGGGAUGGAUAUUACCUCAGUGAAGAUGAUAAAUUCAAAACUCUGGAUCAAUUAAUUGUUCACUGCUCAACCAAUAUUCAGAAAGGUUUACCUGCGAAACUGAUGUAUAUUUGUCUAAUCCCAAACCCAAGUAUGAACUCUGAAGCUGAUAUCCAAAGGGUCCCAUACGAGGAACUGGAAUUUUCUACGGAAAAUGAAAUUGGAAAAGGAGAAUUUGGCAAAGUUUACAAAGGAACUCUCAGGGGACUUUCUGAGGUAGCGAUAAAAGAAUUGAAGAUUGGAAAACGACUGACUGCACGUGAAAAGGCUGUUGUGGAGGACAAUUUUAAAGAAGAACUUAAAAUACAACGCAGUCUUAGACAUCCCAACAUUGUCACCCUCAUUGCUUUUGUAGAAAGUCCUGAGCAUGGGAACUAUAUGAUUCAGGAGUAUAUGGAAAAAGGGGAUUUAACAAAGUACAUCAGAGAAAAGUCUAAGCUAGAAUCAAUUAGACUAAGGAGUCUUGUAGCCUGGUGUUAUGAGAUAGCACUUGGGAUGAAAUACCUAUCUAGUCAAAACAUUAUACAUAGAGAUUUGGCAGGAAGAAAUGUGUUGGUGGACAAGUAUGAAAGGGCAAAAGUAGCAGAUUUUGGACUUGCUAGAGAUCAACAGGACGAUCAGAGGAGGGAAGAGAAAAUUCCAAUCAGAUGGUCGCCACCAGAAGUUUUUAACAAGAGAGAAUACAGUGAUAAAAGUGAUGUGUGGUCGUAUGGUGUCACCCUCUGGGAGAUAUUCUCUUAUGGCGCUAAACCAUAUGAUAAGCUAAACAAGGAGAAAUACAAAGAUCACAUUAUUUCUGGUCGAAGAUUAGAAUUUCCUUAUGAAAAACAUACACAAAACUCUACAAGAGUUCUCAAGCCAUAUGAUGAUUUGAUGAAGAUCUGCUGGAAGAAGAACCCAAUGGAUAGACCAAACUUCAAGGAUAUUGUAAAGAAGACGAAGGUUGAAAUGAAUGAUUACAAUAAUGAUUAUUAUGAUUUAGGAGAAUAAAAUUUGUGUUUUUAUCAAGA